UUAAUAAUGCUCGCAGCGUCCGCGGCCGUCGCUCACUUUCCGCGGAGGCGGGACUUCCAGUCUUUCUACCGCACUUCCUACUGGAGCCGGAAGUUAAGAGACUGGGAUAGGCGCGCGCGAGGGGCUGGCUCGCAGACCGCUGGCACAGCAGGACUCAUAUUUUGGCUACAUUAUAAUGAGUGACACUGGGACAUCAGAUGUCAUUGGGCGAAGAGUUGAAGUUAAUGGAGAACUUGCAACAGUGCGUUUUUCUGGCAUUGUUCCUCCUGUGGCAGGACUCUGGUUAGGAGUAGAAUGGGACAACCCCGAAAGAGGAAAACAUGAUGGGAGCCAUGAAGGGACUGUGUAUUUUAAAUGCAGGCACCCAACAGGAGGCUCUUUUAUUCGUCCAAACAAGGUGAAUUUUGGAAUAGACUUUCUUACUGCAGUUAAGAACCGCUAUAUAUUAGAAGAUGGACCAGAAGAAGAUGGAAAAGAGCAAGUUGUUGUAAUUGGAAAUAAACCUGUGGAAACUAUUGGUUUUGACUCUGUUAUAAAACAGCAAAGUGAGCUGAGCAAGUUGCAAGACAUUUCUCUGAGAAGCUGUGCAGUAAGUGGUGCUGGUGACAAAGGAGGAAUCGCCAAAGCAUGUCCUAAUAUUAGGAAAAUAGAUUUGUCAAAAAACUUGCUGUCGUCAUGGGAAGAAGUGAUAUGCAUUGCUGACCAACUCCAGCACCUGGAAGUUCUCAAUCUCAGUGAAAAUAAACUCAAAUUCCCUUCGGUUUCACCACCUCUAACGGGGACAUUCUCUUCGCUGAAGGUGUUAGUCCUUAAUCGAACAGGGAUAACAUGGGCUGAGGUGCUCCAGUGUGCCUCUGCGUGGCCCGUGCUGGAGGAGCUCUACCUGGAGUCUGACAAUAUUUGCAUUUCAGAAAGGCCUACAGAUGUUCUACAGAUGGUCAAGUUAUUAGACCUUUCCUCUAAUCAAUCAAUUGAUGAGAAUCAGCUGUUUCUGAUAGCAUAUCUGCCCAGAUUAGAACAACUGAUCCUUUCUAACACUGGGAUUUCUUCCAUCCAUUUUCCGGAUGCUGAAAUUGGGUGCAAAACAUCUAUGUUCCCGUCGUUGCAGUACCUUGUAGUAAACGACAACCGGAUAUCCCAAUGGUCGUUUAUCAAUGAGCUCGAGAAGUUACAGAGGCUGCAGGCCUUGUCCUGCCUGAGGAACCCCCUGACGGCCGCAAGCCCAGACAGCAAAGAAGCGCAGACCACACGGCAGCUCAUCAUCGCCAAGAUCGGUCAGCUGAAGACCCUGAACAAAUGCGAGGUCCUGCCGGAGGAGAGGCGUGGAGCCGAGCUCGACUACCGGAAGGCUUUCGGAAGUGACUGGAAGAAGGCUGGUGGGCAUCAGGAUCCGGACAAAAACAGGCCCAGUGAAGACUUCCUCGCCGCGCACCCCAGGUUCCAGUUACUCUGCCUUAAAUAUGGUGCACCUGAGGAUGCGGAAUUCCAGAUACAACAACCAUUUAUGCUCAAAAACCAGCUGCUAACACUGAAGAUAAAAUAUCUUAAUGAAAUGGAUCAGAAAGUCCUGGAGAAACAACUGCCAGACUCCAUGACAGUUCAAAAGGUGAAAGGACUGCUGUCACGUCUUCUCAAAGUUCCUGUGUCAGAACUUCAGCUGUCCUAUGAAAGUCCCAAAGUAAGUUGCCCAGCAAAAUGCAAAGCCAAUCCUAGCUCCCCACUGUUGGCAAGCGAUUCCAGCUGUCUCCCUGUAACACUGACUGCAAAUGGGAUCACAUGUCUACCAGGCAGUGUGCCGGUGGUUUUGUUUCUGACAGGGAGGGUACAUAGAACAUGCUUUGUUAGAUCGGUCUUAAUCCUCUCUCCCUCAACCUUUGUUCUAAUUUUAGAUGCCGGGCAGAGAAAUUAUACUAGAAAAUGACCUACAGUCACUGCAGUUUUAUUCUGUGGAAAGUGGAGACUGUCUAUUAGUGCGAUGGUAACACCAACAAAUACAAUUUAGAGACUAAACUGUGUAUCAUGACCAGGGUUCACUGGAAAUAAAUGAUUCAGGUAAAACAAAGGAUGUAUGUUUUGUUGGGAGGAAACUAUUUCUAGGGUUUGUAUAUAAUAGCAUAAUAAAGGUUUUCUGAUCUUCA